AUGUCUUGCUGUGUUCCCCGCUGCUGCAGUGUCCCCACCGCCCCCGCCACCACCAUCUGCUCCUCUGAAAAAUGCUGCCGGUGCGGAGUCUGCCUGCCCAGCACCUGCCCACAUGAGAUCAGCCUCCUUCAGCCCACCUGCUGUGACACCUGCCCCCCACCCUGCUGCGAGCCUGACAUCUACGUGCCAUCGUGCUGGCUGCUCAACUCUAGCUACCCAACGCCCGGACUGAGUGGCAUCAACCUGACGACCUACGUUCAGCCUAGCUGUGAAAGUCCCUGUGAGCCCUCCUGUUAA